AAGCUUCUUAGUCCCAGUUUUACAUCCAGCAAAAUGAAGAUGAUGUUCGGACUUAUGUGCCAGUGCGCUGAAAAUUUAGUCAAUUUUGUAACAACGCAAUCCGGAGAAAUCGGCAAAACAUAUGAUGUAAAAGAUCUACUUUGCAGAUACGCCAAUGAUACGGUGGCCACGUGCGCUUUCGGUAUCGAUGUAGAUUCUUUUAAGCAUCCGAAGAACGAGUUUUUUCUGCUUGGCAGGGAGGCAAUGAAUUUUGAUGGCAUUCUAUCUGUCAAACGCUUAAUGCACAGAAAUUUUCCGCGACUUUGUGAACUCCUGAAAUUGAGAUUGUUUGGUCCAAGAGUGGAGAAUUUUUUCAGAAGUAUCGUUUCUGGCACAGUAAAAGUUAGAGAUGAACAAGGAAUUGUUCGCCCGGACAUGAUUCAAUUAAUGAUGGAAACCAGGAACAAAGAUAGCGGACCUAAGUUCAAUAUCGACGAGAUAACCGCCCAGGCGUUCGUUUUCUUUCUCGCUGGAUUCGAUUCUGUUUCAACAGCUAUGUGUUUUAUGAUGCAUCACAUCGGUAUCAAUCCCGAUGUUCAAAGCAAAUUGAGAGAAGAAAUCUUCGAUGUUCUCAGACAGACUAACGAUAAACCUACCUACGAGGCCAUCAAUGGCAUGAAAUAUUUGAACGCCGUGGUAAACGAAUCUCUCAGAAUGUAUCCAAUAGCAGUUUUCCUGGACAGAAAAUGCAUUAAAGAGACUAAAUUACCACCAGCGACUCCGGAUGGCGAACCGAUCACG